AUGAACGUCCCCUUCAUCAAUAAAUCUUCGUCAAACAGUUCACCUCCUACCGAACAUUCGCAUUCGCAUUCCCAAGGGGAUCAUGGACACACUCAUGAACACUACACCAAUGCUGGACGAUACUCUGAACGAGAUCUUCCAGAUUUUUCCGGGAGGAACUUCAAGGAAAGAGGUUUUACAAUUGGUAUUGGGGGACCGGUAGGAUCUGGAAAGACGGCACUGACCCUCGCGCUUUGCCUAAAGUUAAGGAAAGAGUACAACAUUGCGACCGUUACAAACGACAUCUUUACUCGUGAAGACCAAGAAUUCCUGAUUCGAAAUAAAGCCCUUCCAGAAUCACGUAUUUUGGCGAUCGAGACCGGGGGAUGCCCACACGCUGCUAUUCGUGAAGACAUUAGUGCGAAUAUGGGUGCUCUUGAAACUCUGCAAGCCAAAUAUGACUGUCAAAUGCUGUUCGUGGAGAGCGGUGGUGACAACCUCGCUGCCAACUAUUCCAGAGAGUUGGCUGACUAUAUUAUAUAUGUCAUCGAUGUUUCGGGAGGGGAUAAAAUUCCUCGCAAAGGAGGUCCAGGAAUCACACACUCGGAUCUGCUGGUCAUAAACAAGACCGACCUCGCCCCUCAUGUUGGUGCGUCCCUAGAGGUUAUGGACAGAGAUUCCAAAGUCAUGCGAGGAGAUGGCCCCACUCUUUUCACUGCUAUUAGGAAAGGUGAGGGUGUUAAUGAUGUUGCUUCACUUAUUUUGGCAGCGUGGAGGACCGCCGGCAGCCCUGGUAAACCUGGACCUGUUGGUGAGAGUAAUUGA